AUGGAUGAGUUUUAUAUAGCUGCUUUAGAAAAUUUAGAGCGACAAGAAAAUGCUCUAAAUUAUAGACAAUUCCAUCACGAAGAAAGUAAUUUAGCAUCUGUUUCCCAACCAUCAGUUUCGAGAGCUAUAGAUGAGGUAGUAAAUGCUAUGAACCAACCAGAAAUAUUUGAAUACUGGGUAAAGUACCCAUCAACAUUAACAGAGUUACGACAAACUAGAGAAAAAUUUAAUGCUAAGUUCAAUUUUCCUGGAAUAGUGGGCAUCAUCGAUUGUACUCAUGUUGGAAUUUUUCCCCCUAAAAAGGAUGAUCCUGAUCAUCCUGAAUAUAUAUAUGUUAAUAGAAAGAAUUAUCAUAGCAUUAAUGUCCAACUAGUCUGCGAUUCGGACAUGAAAAUAAUUAAUGUUUCAGCAUUAUAUCCAGGCAGUGUAAAUGAUGCUUAUAUUUGGAAUAAUUCACUACUUGAACCUACUCUUAGGGAAAUAUAUAACCGUUACCCUGAAGGAUUUUAUCUUUUGGGAGAUUCUGGUUACCCCCUGAGACCUUGGUUAAUGACACCCUUGAUGCAAUUUCAACCAAAUUCUCCAGAAGAAAGGUACAAUAAAAAAUUUAAAUAUGUUAGAUGCUUAAUUGAAAGGUGUAUUGGCCUUUUGAAAAUGCGUUUUAGGUGUUUGUUAAAACACAGAAUUUUGCAUUAUUCACCAGUAAAAGCAUGUAAAAUAGUAAACGCAUGCACUAUUUUACACAAUAUAUGUAUUGAAAAUAAUAUACCAUUUCAACAAGAUGAUGAAAUUCAUUACAUAGAAGAAAUUGACUUAGGAAUAUUUGAAGCAAUUGACAACGAAAGAGAAAAUAGACAAGGAUUAAAUGAAGAGUUAUUAGCAGGUAGAAGGAUGCAGCGUCGUGUCAUAAGAUAUUUUCAUAGAAAUUAG